AGGUGGUCAACUGCAUGCUGGUCUCAGUACUCCUGCAGUCCAAACCCCAACAAACCAUUUUGCGCAAUAACCAUAACCAGUAGAAUUCAAAAUUCAAACAUUAUAAUAACCAAACUUUGAAGAUUAAAAAAUUCACCGGUCAGAAGCAAUCCAAGCUUCUUCUUCUUUUUCUUCUUCUUCUUCGUCUCCUUCUCCAUUCUUCUGCCAACUGUUUAAUUCACACUCGUCUCUCUAGUGGGUAAUUUGCCCAUUCACCUAGAGAUCUUCACCCCAUUGGACAUAACCUACCUCUCACUUUGUAUCCCUGUGAUCCUCUCUUCUAUUCUCCGCAUAUAAAUCAUACACUUCGUCUCUUUAUAGCUGUAAAUUCCUCUCGCUGGGUUGGUGCCUAAAGCCAGUACUGAGCUCGCCUCUGAAGGUGAAAUUAUGGAGCCUCAUCCAUACACAUACUGCUGCGAUAUACUUCAAAUACCACAGCUUUUUUCGCAAUCUGGUCUAUCUCUUUACAAUCCCUGAAUUUCCUAGCUCUCUCUCUCUCUCUGUUUACCGACUCAAACCCCUACAGCUACGUUAUAGCUUUCUUCACUGACUGGCCUCUUACAACUUUCAAUGGCAUCGACUGCUCCCUCCGGUGAUCAGAAGCUGAGAAAACCAAUUACGAUUCAACGGAGGCCGUUCAUGCUUAAAGAUUACCUCAGGGAUGAUCUCCUCAGCUCCUGUUCGUCCAGCGGUUUCAAAUCGUUUCCACGCCGACAAUGCUGCAUGACCGUCCGUUUCCUCCUGGAGGUCGAUCUCGAAGGGAACAAGAAACAACGACUUCUCCGUCGAAACCGUUCUAAGGUGGCCGCUUCCACCACCAUGUCCGCCCUGCAAAGAGCUUCGAAGGAGGUGAUCAGCGCCUUCAAGAAGCAACUUCCGCUUCGGUUCUUUAAGUCUCCGUCCCUGUCCCCGUCCGUACGAAACAUUGGUAGAAAAGAAACAGUGCCCAUCAGCCUGUGGCGGAAGCUCUUCUUCAGACACAGCUUCUGGAGGAAAGUCAUGUACAAGGGAGAGGGCGGUAUCAGACGGUGGAGAUUGUUUCGUGAAAUGAACAACGAAAAAGAUAAAAAACCCGAUCAGGACACGCAUGAUUCAUCCACCACUAGAGUCGGACGGAGGGUUCUGUCCAGCGGUAACAAGUGGGCCGAAACUCAGAGCGAAUUCACUAACUCGGAAACUAUACGGUCUUGCAGCGGAAAAUCCGAGAGUUCAAGCGAAAACGACGUCGCGGAUGGCAAAUCCGAUUUACCGGAGAAUACGGACAGCAAUAAACUCUGCGAAACAGUCGGUGAGGAUUCCAUCUCAGGAGCGAUGGCCACCACUUGCUACGGAGCUAAUACGAAGGAGUGGCCCAACGAGGAGAAGGAACAAUUCAGUCCAGUGUCCGUGCUGGAUUUUCCAUUUGAAGAUGACGAGCACACUCAACAUCUUGAUGUAUAUCCUACCUGUAUAGAAGGGACGAAGCAAAAGCGUAUGCACAAAAUCCGACAGUGUCUCACUCAAAUAGAAGCAGUGAAUUUAGAAAAACGUAUUGAGCUUUCUGAGCCGAACCAUGAAGCUCCUAAAUCACUCGAGCAAUCUUGCUCAAUUCCCACCCUGGACAACAAAGACAUGUUGGAAGACAAAGAAGAUGAGCAAAUAAAAGAAAACGCUCAAGAAUUAUUUCACUUCAUUGACACACAACGAUCCCCAAAUAGUGUAAUAAUCAAGGCAGAUCACAAACCAUUGUUGGAUUUCUUUAGGGAGAGAGGCGAAGAUCAAAACCAUGCAAGUGCGAGCACAACAAGAGGGAAAUGUAAUCAUGAAUUUGAGCAUGAGUUAUUGUCGAAGGUGGCAGAAGAUUGGCUGAGUGGGAAACCACGAGAAAUGGUAUUAGGUUGGGAGGUCCUGAAAGAUGGGAGAGAAGUGUACCUCAGGGACAUGGAGAAGGGUUGGAAGUGGAGGACAUUGGUUGAAGAAAAAGAAGUUGCAUUGGACACUGAGGUUGAGAUUUGGACUUGCUUGCUUAAUGAGCUGGUACUUGACCUCUUUCCCACGGAGAAAAACGAUGAACAUUUCCUGAUCAAUAGGGUAUAAAGAACGAGUUGUGGUGCUUUAGGUUUUCUCUCACUUCCUUUCCAACUCUUGCAUGCUGCUUCCACAGUUCAAUGCUACAAAGAUAAUUUUUAUUUAAAUAAAAUAUAUGGUAUUUAUUUAGUGUAAAA